AUGGAAUCCAUUGUUUCUAAACUCACAUCCAUUAAGUGCUUGUUUCUUUCUGGUAAUAACUUUGAAGGCUCAUUCUCAUUUAGUGCUUUGGCUAACCACUCAAAACUUGAGAUAUUUCAACUUUCGUCUAAUAAUGGUAAGCUGGAAGUGGAAACAGAAAAUCCUACAUGGUUUCCUACAUUUCAACUGAAGAUCCUUGACUUGUCAAAUUGCCACUUAAAUGUGCGAACUGGAACAAUUCCUAAAUUUCUUCUCUACCAGUAUGGCAUGAAAUUCAUUGAUCUCUCUCAUAAUAAGCUGGUUGGAGCAUUUCCCAGUUGGAUCUUACAAAAUAAUUCAAAGUUACAGAUUAUGAAUUUGAUGAACAACUCAUUCACGGGAACUUUUCAACUGCCAAACUUCAUUCAUGAUAAUUUGGCUGUGUUAGAAAUUUCGAGCAACAACGUCAAAAGUCAGCUCCCUAAGGAAUUUGGUUUAGUCCUCUCAAAUCUACAGUAUAUCAACAUUUCAAGGAAUGAUUUUCAUGGUGAUGUUCCUUCAUCAAUUGGUGAGCUAACAGGACUAGUUUAUAUGGAUUUGUCCACAAACAAUUUCUCAGGAUCGUUGCCAGGAAGUAUGCUUGUGAAUUUUGCCAAUUUACAAGCCCUGUAUCUAUCAAACAACAACUUCAAUGGGAUGAUAGGUGUAAACUCAUCCAUCAUCAGCACCUUCCUAUUUGUUUUAGACAUAUCCAAAAACAAACUAUCAGGUACAAUUCCAAUACAGCUGUGCAAUCUAAGAAGUCUUAGAAUUUUAGACCUAUCAGAAAAUAGGUUAUUUGGUUCUCUGCCUUCUUGUUUCAGUGCUUCAUCAUUGCAAUUCCUGUUUCUACAAAAGAAUAAUUUAAGUGGCCCUAUACCUCAUGUACUUUCCAGAAGUCCUUAUUUAAUGGCACUUGACCUGAGGGAUAACAAGUUUACUGGUAAUAUUCCAUCUUGGAUCAAUCAGCUUUCAAAAUUGCGUGUGCUUUCAUUGGGAGGGAAUGCAUUGCGAGGUCAUAUUCCUAACCAGUUGUGUCAAUUAAGAAAAGUGAGUAUAAUAGAUAUUUCUUGCAAUCUGCUUUUUGGCUCCAUACCUUCAUGCUUUAACAAUAUGUCAUUUGCGAAUGAUGCAUCAUUUGAGAAUAUGGGAGAACGAAAUUUUGAGUAUGUAACUUUAGCCUUGUGGAUGUUCUACCGCGCAUCAUUAAGCUCUUACUCUAUGUACAAUGCCACUAUGGAAUCUGAUGUGUUAAGGUUAUUUCGUGGGUCUCCUUCAAAAUUAGUAGAAGUGGAAUUUGCAAUGAAGUAUAGAUACAAUUCCUACAAGGGUGCAAUCAUCAUAAAAGUGGCGGGAAUAGAUUUAUCAUGCAACAAGUUAACUGGUAUGAUCCCUCCAGAACUUGGAGACCUUCAUGAAAUUUUAUCAUUGAACUUGUCUCACAAUCACUUAUCAAGAUCUAUACCUGUCAGUUUUUCAAAUUUAAAGAGCUUAGAGAGCCUAGAUCUUUGCUACAAUAAUUUGAGCGGUGAAAUCCCCAGCCAACUAGUUGUGCUGAAUUUUUUGGGAACUUUCAAUGUUUCAUACAACAAUUUGUCAGGUAAAAUCCUUGAUAAAGGGCAAUUUGGAACCUUCACUGAAAGCAGUUACAAAGGUAACCUUGGUCUUUGUGGACCAAUCAUUCAUAGGAGCUGCAUUACUAAUGAAGCUCCAUCAAUACCACCAGCAAGUGAAAUAAAAGAAGAAGAAGAUGAAGGUGGUGUUGACAUGGUGUGGUUCUAUUGGAGUUUCAGUGCAUCAUAUGCCACAAUCCUAUUGACAUUGAUAGUAAUCCUCAGAAUCAACAGGCAAUGGCGCAUGUAUUGGUUUUACUUGGUUGAUGUUUGUAUUUAUUCUAUUUCCAUUCGGCUUUUUGGAACUGAAUGUCUGUGCAUGUAA